ACGCCGAGCUGGCGUCGCGCCAUCUGUCGCAGCUGCUCUUUGUGGCCCUCACAUGCGGGCUCGCCAUGACCGCCCUCUCCCUCCGAUUCGUGCCGCACGCCAUCGCAGCGUUUGUGGGCAGCAACACCGCCAUCAUCCCAGCAGCAUGUGUCUAUGCCAAGAUCCGUGCCUUCGCAUGGCCGGCUGUUCUUGUCACAUCUGUGGCUCAGAGUGCGAGCCUUGGGCUGCAGGACGUGUGGGGCCCGGUGCGGUGUCUGGCGGUGGCCAGUACGGUGAACCUGGGGGGCGACCUGCUGCUGUGCCCGCUGCUGGGCUACGGCAUCGCAGGGGCUGCCUGGGCCACCAUGGCCUCGCAGGUGCUCUGCUUGCUUGGGCCAUCCCAUGGCCUCCCUCCCAGUACGUGGGGGCGCUUCUCAUGCUGCGCUCGCUGCACACCUUGGGUCGCAUCCGCCUCGCCAUCUCGCCGCCGCCCCUGCCCGCGCUGCUCAACUUCCUCUCCCUCACCGGCCCCAUCUUCGUCUCCCUCGCCUCCAAGGUGUCCUUCUACAUGCUGCUGACCUUCCAGGCCACCUCGCUGGGAACUCUUCCUCUCGCAGCGCAUCAGGUC